CAUCAGUGUCCUGUUUUGGUACCCUAUUGAACCAAGGCACUUGCAAUGGCAAUCCGUAGAUAUUCAACUGCUGUCCUUCUUCUCAUUUCUGUGUUUGCUGGAACGCAGUUGCAGGGUGCCACUGCUACCGAUCAUGGUUGGGAGGGUAGCCAUGCUAGUUUCUAUACUGGUUCUUCUAAGACCAUGGGAGGAGCAUGUGGUUACGGGGAUGUGAUUGCAGAGGGAUACGGAAGUGAUACUACAGCUCUAAGCACUGCUUUGUUCAACAAUGGGUUCUCUUGUGGGGCAUGUUUUGAAGUUAGGUGUGUUAAUGACGCAAAAUGGUGCAAACCUGGCACUGUUGUUGUUACUGUUACAAACUUCUGCCCUCCAGGUGGUUGGUGCAGCCCUCCUUCACAACACUUCAACUUGGCAGAAUCAGCCUUCCUCAAAAUUGCUCAGUUCAGAGCUGGAAUUGUACCUGUUCAAUUUAGAAGAGUGCCUUGUGUGAAAAAGGGAGGAAUAAGGUUCACAAUUAAUGGACACUCUUACUUCAACCUGGUUUUGAUCAUCAACGUAGCGGGUGCAGGGGAUGUCAAUGCAGUCUCCAUCAAAGGGUCCAAAACAGGGUGGCAACCCAUGUCAAGGAACUGGGGGCAAAAUUGGCAGAGCAACUCCUACCUCAAUGGACAGAGUCUCUCUUUUCAAGUCACCACCAGUGACCGUAGAACUGUCACAAGCUACAACGUGGCACCGGCUAAUUGGCAGUUUGGUCAGACCUUCGAGGGGCGUCAAUUUUAGACUGUGCAAUGUGGGGUAGGUUAAUUGAAUAGCUCUAGGUGCUAUCAUUCACUCACAAUU